GGACUACCCAGAUUAAUUACUUCGAUUUCGAUCUUUGUCGAGUGCAUUUCAAUACCCAAAGAGUUCUGAAAGGACCAAAUACCACAAAAUGAUGGGAAAAGCUACCUAUUUGUUGUGCCUGUGCCUGGCCAGCGCCGUUUGGGCCAUUGAAUUGCAGGCGGAGCCGGACUACGGACCAGUGGCCUACGAGUUCCAGUGGUCGGUGAACGAUCCCCACACCGGCGACAUCAAGAGCCAAAAGGAGUCCCGCAAGGACGACAAGGUCGAGGGCGUCUACGAGCUGAUCGAUUCCGAUGGCUAUCGCCGCAUAGUGCAGUACAAGGCGGAUGAUCACAACGGCUUCGAGGCGAUUGUCCAGCGUGAGCCCACGGACAUCAAGAUACCGCUGCCUGAGCCACCCAAGAAGCUCCUGGCCGCCAAGAUCCUGACUCCCGUGCUGCCGGUGGCGCCGCUUGUCCACUACGCCGCUCCCAAGGCCAUCAUCAAGCAGGAGCUGUCCGCCGGGAACUAUGUCUCCGUAUCCGGACCAACAGCACAGUACAAGUACUGAAAGGAUCUAGUGACUGACUUCAGCUGCAUAAACCCAUUAGGAACCCCUUCUCGACCCGGGAAAACUCACUGCCAUACAUCAUAAUUUAGUUACAAUUAAGACAAUUGAGUGUACAUACAGACAGCUUACAUUAACCUACUAUAAAGAUGCAUCCCAUUCAAUCUGUUCGCAGAGGAACACAAAA